AUGGAGAGGAAGAAGAAGAAGAAGAAGAGAGAAUGGAGGAGAGGAAAAGGACAAGAGAAAGAGGUGGAUGAGAAUCAAGCCGGUGGUGGAGAGACGGGGACUGGAGGACGGGGAGAUGGAACUGUGGAGACGGGACAGAUGAGGAAUAAGAGUGUCAAUAGAACAACACACCUUCCCUUAGAUAAGAUGGCCCACCAUCUUGGAGAGGGACUGUCAUGUAGGGAAGCACAGACUGAGGGAGAGACUGCUAGUGUGUCGGCAAUUAGAAACAAAGAAGAAGGUGGAAUUCAAAUGGGGAUGAUGAUGAUGAUGAAGGACAUGAGUAAAGGACUGAUAACAGUCAUGGACCAAGAUGAUGAUGAUGAUGAUGAUGAUGAUGAUGAUGACCCUGCCUCCAUCCCUCCUCCUCCCUCUAUCUCUCCAUCUCUAUCCGUCAGCCUCAUGGACACCUGGCCUCCCUCCAUCUCCUCCCUCUCAUCCCCCUCUCCCUCCCUCCUCCCUCCUCCUCUCUCCUCCUCUUUCUCUCCCGUCCCGUCCCUCACCCCUCCCCUGCCCCCGUCCGUAGAGCUGUGUGCUGUGCUCACCGACACUAGACUGACUCUGGACGUGUACCAGGGUGGGGCUGCUGUGCUCCAGUUGCUAUGGGUGUCUGUCCCUGGGCAGCUGAGGGGCCUGCAGUACCUCCGACUGGGCUCGGAGGACAGGGGGGCGCUAGAAGGAGCCCUGGAUGUCCUACCGCACCUCACACAGCUACGCUCACUGGCUAUCAGAGGUACUGAGUACUAAUGGACUGGACAGUGCUGAAUGCUGAUACAUUCAUUAAUGCUGUAUAACGUGCUUGUAAACUAACAUUUGAUAGAUUCAGAUUGAUUGUUUAGUAGAACAUCAGACCCACAGUAUAGCACAUAGUAUAAACACUGCAACGUUAUCAUACAAUGUGUCUUUACAUGUUAAUAAUUAUGUUGGUCUUUUCUCCCCCUUUUCAAUAACUUGUCCCUUGUUCUUGUCUGUCCUCUCUCUCCUCCUGUCUGUCCUCUCUCUCCUCCUGUAUGUCCUCUCUCUCCUCCUGUCUGUCCUCUCUCUCCUGUCUGUCUGUCCCCUCUCUCCUCCUGUCUGUCCUCUCUCUCUUCCUUUCUGUCCUGUCUGUCCUCUCUCCUCCUGUCUGUCCUCUCUCCUCCUGUCUGUCCUCUCUCUCCUCCUGUCUGUCCUCUCUCUCCUCCUGUCUGUCCUCUCUCCUCCUGUCUGUCCCCUCUCUCCUGUAAUCUGUCCCCUCUCUCCUCCUGUCUUUCCUCUCUCUCUUCCUGUCUGUCCUCUCUCUCCUGUCUGUCUGUCCUCUCUCUCCUCCUGUCUGUCAUCUCUCCUCCUUUCUGUCUCCUCCUGUCUGUCCUCUCUCUCCUGUAUGUCCUCUCUCUCCUCCUGUCUGUCCUCUCUCCCCUCCUGUCUGUCCUCUCUCCUCCUGUCUGUCCUCUCUCUCCUCCUGUCUGUCCUCUUUCUCUCUCCUGUCUGUCCUCUCUCUCCUGUCUGUCCUCUCUCUCCUCCUGUCUGUCCUCUCUCUCCUCCUGUCUGUCCUCUCUCUCUUCCUGUCUGUCCUCUCUCUCCUCCUGUCUGUCCUCUCUCUCCUCCUGUCUGUCCUCUCUCUCCUCCUGUCUGUCCUCUCUCUCCUCCUGUUUGUCCUCUCUCUCCUCCUGUCUGUCCUCUCUCUCCUCCUGUCUGUCCUCUCUCCUCCUUUCUGUCUCCUCCUGUCUGUCCUCUCUCCUCCUGUCUGCCUCUCUCUCCACCUUCCUGUCUCCUCCUGUCUGUCCUCUCUCUCUCUCCUCCUGUCUGUCCUCUCUCUCUCUCCUCCUGUCUGUCCUCUCUCUCCAUGCCUGCUCAUCUUCUGACUCUUCCUCAGGACACUGUUUCCAUGAUGCCCAUGGUGACCCCCUCCCCGGCCUCCUCACCUCUCUCCCUCCCUCUCUCUCAUCCCUCUCGCUCCUCGUCCACCUGGACCUCUCCUUCAACCACCUUUCCUCCUUCCCCCCCUGCCUCCUCACCCUCCCCCUCCUCUCCACCCUCCUCCUGGGUCACAACCACCUCACUGAACUCCCCCCCUCCUUGCCUCCCUUCGGUCCUCUCUCCUACUUGUCCUCCCUUUCCGGGGGGUUUUAAUUUGUGGUAUUAUCAGUUUUCUAAAUCAUUCCUUAGUUAAUCAUCCUUGUCCCCUAACCAUGAACACGCAUCCAGAGCUGCACCUUGCUGACAGUAUGUCCUGCAGAAACAUUCUACUUUGACUUGAUGGAUCUUUGAUCGAUACCUAUUUGCACAGAAGCUGAUCUCUGAUAUCAACACGUUGUUCUUGUUAGUUCAUUAAAGCAAGAUUGUUACCUCCCCUCAGUUCUGUGUGUCAUCUGCGUGUCAUGUCCUCAGGGGGCAGAGCUACUGUUUCCCUCGGGUUGCCUAGCGACAACCACCAGACUGCAGUGGGCGGAGCGUAUGCCAGAUAAGAAAUGGGUGUGGCUAGAGGAGCAUGACUUCCUGCUGAGUCGACCACUGGAACUCCUCCCACACAGGAUCACCUUUUUAAAGGUAGCCUAGAGACGUAUCAUACACAUGAUUGUUAAUGUUGGUGGUAAGAUAUCAAUGAAAAGAACAGUAGGUUUACACACAAAGUAGACAGACUCCAAUAUCAUCUUUUCAGGAGUUUUAAAUGUAUUAUUUAUUGCAGCAUACAGACAUUUGGGACAAAGCCUUUUUCAGUGUGUAUCUACGAUCUUCUCAUUGGUCUCUCAACUACUCUGCUACUCAUCUUCUUUCUGAACAUAUUCCUUCCUUCUCUCCUCUCUCCUCUCUUCUCUCUUCUCUCUUCUCUCUCUGUCUCCUCUCCUCUCCUCUCCUCUCCUCUCCUCUCCUCUCCUCUCCUCUCCUCUCCUCUCCUCUCCUCUCCUCUCCUCUCCUCUCCUCUCCUCUCCUCUCCUCUCCUCUCCUCUCCUCUCCUCUCCUCUCCUCUCCUCUCCUCUCCUCUCCUCUCCUCUCCUCUCCUCUCCUCUCCUCUCCUCUCCUCUCCUCUCCUCUCCUCUCUAGCCUGUGGAGGUGUGUGUGCCGUACCACCGUUCCAGGAGAGGGGAGGUGGUUGUGAGGAGGUUUGAUGGACAGCAGUGGAGUACACUAUCCACUGAGACCAGGAGGGGCAGUAUAGGACACAGCAUCCACCCUGGGGGACGACCCGCCAGGGUACAGAACAGAACACUGCUUUAUAAUACGGCCAUGCUAGAAAAUAGGAUCAACUUCCGUCCCCAAUCCCGAACCCAUCCCUAGACCCUAUGUCCUAUUCACUUCUGAAGAUCUGAGAUUUGGAGAGAGAGAUCUGUAUUUGAUUGUUAGCGAUAUGGUUCCACCUUGCUGUCUGAUGUGCUGGGUUGAUGCUUUUGCUUAUACCAAACAAACCCUGUCCGACCUCCAGAAGCGUAUCAGGCGUAAGAUUGAGGUUUUGAUUUGUUCAACAGUCAAAAAUCGCCCAUGUCUCUCUCUGUCUGUCUGUAUAAUAAUUAGCUCUUAAUUGACUUGCCUAAGUUAAAGAAAUGUUAAAUAAAAAAUAAAAAAAUAACAAGUCUGUCCCCAUAGCUGGCCUGCGUAUCAGUGAUCCAGUUCUCCUGGUUUGUGGCAGUGGGUCGUCCAGUCAGGGACAGUUGCUCUGUGACACCAGAGGGGGCGCUGUUGGUGUCACGUACGGACGCAGGCAUCAAACUCACCUUCCCCCCUGCCUCCACUGUCCAGACCCGCACCAUCACUCUACAGGUACAGGCCGGUAUUCAGAGGACCAGACAGUGGUUCCCCCAGAGAGCAUUGUUUGUUAGAACGUGCUAAAACAAUACUAACUAGUAGCCUCUGUGUUUUGGACACGUUUACGAUGCUAAUCUUUUCAGCAGUGGGGUAUGUAGUUCCAAUCCCUGCUCACUCUCCUGUGUCUGCAGGUGUUACAGGUGUCUGUCUCUGAGGUCCAGGCGUUGUGUGGAGACCCUCAGACAAGAGUCAGUCCCCUUCUCUGUCUCUCUCAGGACCCCAGCAUGCAAUUCCUCCAGCCAAUCAAGGUGCAGGUCCCUCUGCCAACUGGACUCACAGGUAGGCUACUGGGUCCUGUUUGAAAACGGUUCAACGCUUUUAUUCCUUCCUCUCCACCUUGGAUCAGUCAGUGAUCUGACAUGAGUGGAGAGGUGAGAGCAAAACAUUUACUUCACACGGCUUUCACCCAUCUAGCUGUGUCAGAUGAGUGAUUACUCCAAGGAAGGAAGGAUCAAUUUUCUAAGUAUUGGAACGAGGCCCUGUAUUCACUUCCUUAAGUAUUUGAACCAUAUUUAUAACAGGCUAUAAUGCUACUUUUAAUGAGCUGAGCAUGUUCUCUCCCUUUACCUGCUGGUUGUUAAACAGUAGACCUGUCCUGUCUCCAUGGCGACCACAGCGCUACCUUUAUUCAUUUAACCAUGUUGUUGUUGUUCCAGGACAUACAGUAGACCUGUCCUGUCUCCAUGGCGACCACAGCGCUACCUUUAUUCAUUUUAACCAUGUUGUUGUUGUUCCAGGACAUACAGUAGACCUGUCCUGUCUCCACCUGCUCCAUGGAGACCCCAGCGCCCACACCUGGACAGACAUCACCUCACAGGUGUCUCUCUAUGUCACACACCUCUACGCUAUCUUCUACAUCACUCACUUCUCCUGGUGAGUUCCUAUUAUUCCAGACCACAUGAACACACAGCUUUACAGUAGGAAUGCCUAGUUAUUCCAGACCAAAUGAACACACAGCUUUACAGUAGGAAUGUCUAGUUAUUCCAGACCACAUGAACACACAGCUUUACAGUAGGAAUGCCUAGUUAUUCCAGACCACAUGAACACACAGCUUUACAGUAGGAAUGCCUAGUUAUUCCAGACCACAUGAACACACAGCUUUACAGUAGGAAUGCCUAGUUAUUCCAGACCACAUGAACACACAGCUUUACAGUAGGAAUGUCUAGUUAUUCCAGACCACAUGAACACACAGCUCUACAGUAGGAAUGUCUAGUUAUUCCAGACCACAUGAACACACAGCUUUACAGUAGGAAUGCCUAGUUAUUCCAGACCACAUGAACACACAGCUUUAAAGUAGGAAUGGCUAGUUAUUCCAGACCAAAUGAACACACAGCUUUACAGUAGGAAUGGCUAGUUAUUCCAGACCACAUGAACACACAGCUUUACAGUAGGAAUGCCUAGUUAUUCCAGACCACAUGAACACACAGCUUUACAGUAGGAAUGUCUAGUUAUUCCAGACCACAUGAACACACAGCUUUACAGUAGGAAUGUCUAGUUAUUCCAGACCACAUGAACACACAGCUUUACAGUAGGAAUGCCUAGUUAUUCCAGACCAAAUGAACACACAGCUUUACAGUAGGAAUGUCUAGUUAUUCCAGACCACAUGAACACACAGCUUUACAGUAGGAAUGUCUAGUUAUUCCAGACCACAUGAACACACAGCUUUACAGUAGGAAUGUCUAGUUAUUCCAGACCACAUGAACACACAGCUUUACAGUAGGAAUGUCUAGUUAUUCCAGACCACAUGAACACACAGCUUUACAGUAGGAAUGGCUAGUUAUUCCAGACCACAUGAACACACAGCUUUACAGUAGGAAUGCCUAGUUAUUCCAGACCACAUGAACACACAGCUUUACAGUAGGAAUUCCUAGUUAUUCCAGACCACAUGAACACACAGCUUUACAGUAGGAAUGGCUAGUUAUUCCAGACCACAUGAACACACAGCUUUACAGUAUGAAUGGCUAGUUAUUCCAGACCACAUGAACACACUGCUUUACAGUAGGAAUGGCUAGUUAUUCCAGACCACAUGAACACACAGCUUUACAGUAGGAAUGCCUAGUUAUUCCAGACCACAUGAACACACAGCUUUACAGUAGGAAUGCCUAGUUAUUCCAGACCACAUGAACAAGACCACAUGAACAGACAGCUUUAUAGUAGGAAUGCCUAGUUGUUCCAGACCACAUGAACACACAGCUUUACAGUAGGAAUGCCUAGUUAUUCCAGACCACAUGAACACACAGCUUUACAGUAGGAAUGCCUAGUUAUUCCAGACCACAUGAACACACAGCUUUACAGUAUGAAUGGCUAGUUAUUCCAGACCACAUGAACACACAGCUUUACAGUAGGAAUGCCUAGUUAUUCCAGACCACAUGAACACACAGCUUUACAGUAGGAAUGCCUAGUUAUUCCAGACCACAUGAACACACAGCUUUACAUUAUGAAUGGCUAGUUAUUCCAGACCACAUGAACACACAGCUUUACAGUAGGAAUGGCUAGUUAUUCCAGACCACAUGAACACACAGCUUUACAGUAGGAAUGCCUAGUUAUUCCAGACCACAUGAACACACAGCUUUACAGUAGGAAUGCCUAGUUAUUCCAGACCACAUGAACACACAGCUUUACUGUAGGAAUGAGUGGCGCAGUGGUCUGAGUGGCGCAGUGGUCGCAGUGGUCUGAGUGGCGCAGUGGUCUAAGGCACUGCAUCGCAGUGCUAACUGUGCUACUAGAGAUCCUGGUUCGAAUCCAGGCUCUGUCGCAGCCGGCCGCGACCGGGAGAUUCAUGGGCGGCGCACAAUUGGCCCAGCGUCGUCCAGGGUAGGGGAGGGAAUGGCCGGCAGGGAUGUAGCUCAGUUGAUAGAGCAUGGCGUUUGCAACGCCAGGGUUGUGGGUUCGUUUCCCAUGGGGGGCCAGUAUAAAAAAAAAAAAAAAAAAAUGUAUUCACUAACUGUAAGUCGCUCUGGAUAAGAGCGUCUGCUAAAUGACUAAAAUGUAAUGUAAAAAUGAAUGCCUAGUUAUUCCAGACCACAUGAACAAGACCACAUGAACACACAGCUUUACAGUAGGAAUGCCUAGUUAUUCCAGACCACAUGAACACACAGCUUUACAGUAGGAAUUCCUAGUUAUUCCAGACCACAUGAACACACAGCUUUACAGUAGGAAUGGCUAGUUAUUCCAGACCACAUGAACACACAGCUUUACAGUAUGAAUGGCUAGUUAUUCCAGACCACAUGAACACACUGCUUUACAGUAGGAAUGGCUAGUUAUUCCAGACCACAUGAACACACAGCUUUACAGUAGGAAUGCCUAGUUAUUCCAGACCACAUGAACACACAGCUUUACAGUAGGAAUGCCUAGUUAUUCCAGACCACAUGAACACACAGCUUUACAGUAGGAAUGCCUAGUUAUUCCAGACCACAUGAACAAGACCACAUGAACAGACAGCUUUAUAGUAGGAAUGCCUAGUUGUUCCAGACCACAUGAACACACAGCUUUACAGUAGGAAUGCCUAGUUAUUCCAGACCACAUGAACACACAGCUUUACAGUAGGAAUGCCUAGUUAUUCCAGACCACAUGAACACACAGCUUUACAGUAUGAAUGGCUAGUUAUUCCAGACCACAUGAACACACAGCUUUACAGUAGGAAUGCCUAGUUAUUCCAGACCACAUGAACACACAGCUUUACAGUAGGAAUGCCUAGUUAUUCCAGACCACAUGAACACACAGCUUUACAUUAUGAAUGGCUAGUUAUUCCAGACCACAUGAACACACAGCUUUACAGUAGGAAUGGCUAGUUAUUCCAGACCACAUGAACACACAGCUUUACAGUAGGAAUGCCUAGUUAUUCCAGACCACAUGAACACACAGCUUUACAGUAGGAAUGCCUAGUUAUUCCAGACCACAUGAACACACAGCUUUACUGUAGGAAUGCCUAGUUAUUCCAGACCACAUGAACAAGACCACAUGAACACACAGCUUUACAGUAGGAAUGCCUAGUUGUUCCAGACCACAUGAACACACAGCUUUACAGUAGGAAUGUCUAGUUAUUCCAGACCACAUGAACACACAGCUUUACAGUAGUAAUGUCUAGUUAUUCCAGACCACAUGAACAAGACCACAUGAACACACAGCUUUACAGUAGGAUUGGCUAGUUAUUCCAGACCACAUGAACACACAGCUUUACAGUAGGAAUGGCUAGUUAUUCCAGACCACAUGAACACACAGCUUUACAGUAGGAAUGGCUAGUUAUUCCAGACCACAUGAACACACAGCUUUACAGUAGGAAUGUCUAGUUAUUCCAGACCACAUGAACACACAGCUUUACAGUAGGAAUGCCUAGUUAUUCCAGACCACAUGAACACACAGCUUUACAGUAGGAAUGGCUAGUUAUUCCAGACCACAUGAACACACAGCUUUACAGUAGGAAUGCCUAGUUAUUCCAGACCACAUGAACACACAGCUUUACAGUAGGAAUGUCUAGUUAUUCCAGACCACAUGAACACACAGCUUUACAGUAGGAAUGUCUAGCGGUGUAGACGGCGCUUUAACUCACAUGAGACGAGGUGCAGCCCCAAAAAUCUUCUUGAACAAUCUUCCUAAGAGUACGGUCUUCUGUCAUCGAUCCCGAGGCUGAACAUUGUUACGUUUAAUAUUGUUCCUCUACCCUAGCUGGACUGGCUGUGGCACACCACACGGCAGUGUGCGAGCGGUGCAGUCUGUACGGUGUACCAAACAUUGAAGCGGUUUCUUUUGGCUACGUGUGUUAAAUAGUUUGUGUGUAUAUUUAUGUCAUUAUUAUAGGUACUGGCUUUGGUACACUACACAGCGCUGUGUUAGUGGUGUGGUCCGUAGGGUCUACCAGAGACUGAAGCAAUUUCAGGUCCAGUUUCUGGUGCUACAGAGGAGAACGGACCCCAAACAGGUUCUGCUACAGUGCCUGCCUGCUGACAAGGUGGGUCUGAUCAAUCAAGCCAUCCAUUCAUCCAUCCAUUUAUUGAUCUUGAGUCUGAAAUUGAUGAUCUGUGUGGUAAGUGUUGGAGAGGAGAACCAACCCCAAACAGGUUCUGCUACAGUGCCGGCCAUACCAACAAGGUGGGUCUGUAUAUAAGAUAAGCGACCAAGGACAGUCGGUGUUACAGCAUCACUUACUGAGAUAAGAGACCAAGGACAGUCAGUGUUACAGCAGCAUCACUUACUGAGAUAAGAGACCAAGGACAGUCAGUGUUACAGCAGCAUCACUUACUGAGAUAAGAGACCAAGGACAGUCGGUGUUACAGCAUCACUUAUUGAGAUAAGAGACCAAGGACAGUCAGUGUUACAGCAUCACUUACUGAGAUAAGAAACCAAGGACAGUCAGUGUUACAGCAGCAUCACUUACUGAGAUAAGAGACCAAGGACAGUCAGUGUUACAGCAGCAUCACUUACUGAGAUAAGAGACCAAGGACAGUCGGUGUUACAGCAGUGUCACUUACUGAGAUAAGAGACCAAGGACAGUCAGUGUUACAGCAUCACUUACUGAGAUAAGAGACCAAGGACAGUCAGUGUUACAGCAUCACUUACUGAGAUAAGGGACCAAGGACAGUCAGUGUUACAGCAGCAUCACUUACUGAGAUAAGAGACCAAGGACAGUCAGUGUUACAGCAUCACUUACUGAGAUAAGAGACCAAGGACAGUCGGUGUUACAGCAUCACUUACUGAGAUAAGAGACCAAGGACAGUCGGUGUUACAGCAUCACUUACUGAGAUAAGAGACCAAGGACAGUCGGUGUUACAGCAUCACUUACUGAGAUAAGAGACCAAGGACAGUCGGUGUUACAGCAGCAUCACUUACUGAGAUAAGAGACCAAGGACAGUCAGUGUUACAGCAGCAUCACUUACUGAGAUAAGAGACCAAGGACAGUCAGUGUUACAGCAGCAUCACUUACUGAGAUAAGAGACCAAGGACAGUCAGUGUUACAGCAUCACUUACUGAGAUAAGAGACCAAGGACAGUCAGUGUUACAGCAUCACUUACUGAGAUAAGAGACCAAGGACAGUCAGUGUUACAGCAGCAUCACUUACUGAGAUAAGAGACCAAGGACAGUCAGUGUUACCGCAUCACUUACUGAGAUAAGAGACCAAGGACAGUCAGUGUUACAGCAGCAUCACUUACUGAGAUAAGAGACCAAGGACAGUCAGUGUUACAGCAGCAUCACUUACUGAGAUAAGAGACCAAGGACAGUCGGUGUUACAGCAUCACUUACUGAGAUAAGAGACCAAGGACAGUCGGUGUUACAGCAUCACUUACUGAGAUAAGAGACCAAGGACAGUCAGUGUUAUAGCAGCAUCACUUACUGAGAUAAGAGACCAAGGACAGUCAGUGUUACAGCAGCAUCACUUACUGAGAUAAGAGACCAAGGACAGUCAGUGUUACAGCAUCACUUACUGAGAUAAGAGACCAAGGACAGUCAGUGUUACAGCAUCACUUACUGAGAUAAGAGACCAAGGACAGUCAGUGUUACAGCAGCAUCACUUACUGAGAUAAGAGACCAAGGACAGUCAGUGUUACCGCAUCACUUACUGAGAUAAGAGACCAAGGACAGUCAGUGUUACAGCAGCAUCACUUACUGAGAUAAGAGACCAAGGACAGUCAGUGUUACAGCAGCAUCACUUACUGAGAUAAGAGACCAAGGACAGUCAGUUGCUGUAACAAAUGCAUAGUGCAUCAGACUUUCUACUGCAAGUUUUAGAAGUGCAGGAAUGUUAGAAGAUCCACUGUGUGUUGAUGACAUGUGUACAGUAAAUGUCUGAUGUACCAUAUGACAACGUGUACAGGUGGACAACAGAGUACAGUCUCUAUCAGAGCAGUACGACGGCCCACAGCCCUCAGACCUGUGUGACCUGCUGGAGGGAGAGCAGUUCUUCGCUGGCUUCGAGAGGGGCCUAGACGUCAGCGCAGGUACAUUGGAAAUUAUAAAUGUUAGAUACAAUUUGAACUACGUCUUCCUGGUGAAAUACUACAACAUCCUCUGUCUCCCAGACAGGCCAGACUGUGCAGAAGGGAGACUGUCUUUUGUGUUCUACUCUCGGUUGAGGAAUCUCAAAGAGGUGUACGUCUGUCCUGCACAGAACCAGGAGGGGCCCGUCAGGGGACAGGUGAGAGACUAGUGACCGCUGACAAAAGGGGGUGUGGUAGAUACAGACAUUUUAUGAAUAAUGUAUCAUAAAUGGUUAUAAGUGCUUUUAUAGGUAAGGGAUAAACGCCAACGUUCAGUACAUUACCUUGGAGAUAAUGGACAACGCAGUUAGUUACAUUAUUAGUUCCUAAGAUAUUGUGCGGAACAGAGGCGUUUAUCCCGCUUAUACCACAGUUGACAGAGAAAACAAUACUAAAGCAGACAUUUACCGCUAGAAAUAACACGUUUUCGUUGAUAUUUUCAUUUUGACAAGUACAUUCGUACUUUUUCAUCCUCCCACCAAACCUGGUUGUUAGUUAUAUUGGUUAGGGUGCUGUUAGGGUUAACCCCAUUUAGUCCACUGGUCGAUUGGCUGUUGGUCGACCAAGAUUUAUUUAUUCAAGCAGUGGCAAAUAUAUAUACACUACCGUUGAAACGUUUUGGAUCACUUAGAAAUGUCCUUGUUUUCGAAAGAAAAUGAUUUUUUUUUAACAUCAAAUUUAUUAGAAAUACAGUGUAGACAUUGUUAAUGUUGUAAAUGGCCAUUGUAGCUGGAAACGGCUGAUUUUUAAUGGAAUAUCUACAUAGGCAUACAGAGGCCCAUUAUCAGCAACCAUCAGUCCUGUGUUCCAAUGGCACGUUGUAUUUGCUAAUCCAAGUUUAUCAUUUUAAAAAGGAUAAUUGAUCAUUAGAAAACCCUUUUACAUUUAUGUUAGCACAGCUGAAAACUGUUGUGCUGAUUAAAGAAGCAUUAAAACUGGCCUUCUUGAGACUAGUUGAGUAUCUGGAGCAUCAGCAAUUGUGGGUUCGAUUACAGGCUCAAAAUGGCCAGAAUCAAAUAACUUUCUUCUGAAACUCGUCAGCCUAUUCUUGUUCUGAGAAAUGAAGGCUAUUCAAUGAGAGAAAUUGCCAAGAAACUGAAGAUCUCGUACAACGCUGUGUACUACUCCCUUCACAGAACAGCACAAACUGGCUCUAACCAGAAUAGAAAGAGGAGUAGGAGGCCCCGGUGCACAACUGAGCAAGAGGACAAAUACCUUAGAGUGUCUAGUUUGAGAAACAGGCGCCUCACAGGUCCUCAACUGGCAGCUUCAUUAAAUAGUACCCGCAAAACACCAGUCUCAACGUCAACAGUGAAGAGGCGACUCCGGAAUGCUGACCUUCUAGGCAGAGUUGCAAAGAAAAAGCCAUAUCUCAGACUGGCCAUCUUAAUCUUUUCUUUUUAUUGGCCAGUCUGAGAUAUGGCAAUGCUGUUCUGUGAUUCACGCCUGUCUGAAUGGACUAAUCCAUUGCGGAGGCCACGGGGAUGGCUCACCAGUAAUUUACCGUUAAUUACCAUAAUUGUUUGGUUAUUGUAAUGUCUGUUAAUGCAUUCAAUAUAUUAUUAUUACAGUCUUGCCGUUGUCGUUGUCGGAGUGGACACGUUGUUUGCAGAGCGCACAUCCUAGGCUACACUUCUGAGGAAAAAGUUUUGGUUUAUUUCAUACCAUUUACAAGUUGUCAAUUUAUUCAUUGUCUUUUGUUUGGAGCGCUCCUGUCAAUCACACACCUGAUUUACGCAUAGAACUAGGCCUAGGAUACCUGACCUGAGUGUAAUAAAUGUGCCCAGGAAUCAGUGGCUAACUGCAAGCGUUGCAAAGCAAUCACUAGCCUGCUAUUCAGGCCCUUAAUCCAAGUCUGGGAUUAAGGGUCUCUUUUCCAAGCUUAAAAGGAUAAACAUGCCAUGGGCCAGAAAAGGUUGAAUACAUUGGCCAUGCUGUCAAUCCAGCAUGACUUCUCCCACGUUCAAAACAACUGGAAACUCGGAUUCUGUUCUGAAUUCUGUCGCUGUACAUUUCAAAAGUGAUGAAAAAAUAGUUAGUAACAAAUAGUUUCUGUAACUGCGCGCAAAUGUAGGCUUAUAAAUGUGCCCAUUUGGGGAUCUCUGUCUUAACUCGCCAUCGCUGUGGAGCUUCUCAAAGUCAUUUUUUCUUCGCCUCAAAAAAGCAAGUAAACAAAGUCUUUUUUUUUUUUUUUUUUACAUCCAUUGAGAAUGACAAUAGUUCCUCACCAUAGCCUAUUUGAAAAAUCUUUCCAGCUCUCUCCCUUUCGAUAACCACUCAGCAUGAAAGGGGAAAAAAAUGUAAUGCUCUAAUCCGUUGGAAAUGUCAUAGAGAAGGCUGAUUCAGUGGCGACCCGUCAUUCAGGGCAGGUAGGGCAGAGCCUGUUUAGCGAAACAAAAAUGUUGUUGGGGCAUUAAUACGUGUCACAUAUCAGUUUGCAAACAAUGUAAAAAAUAAAUAAAACAUCUUUGAGUUAAUAAAGCUGCAUACAAACAUGGUCUCUUUUUUGCUUUCUUGAGUAAAGCAGCUCCAAAAUGGAGGUGUUUCAGCCUAUCUCAGUGUUUUCUGUGGUGGUGGUGGUGGGGCAGCCUGGGGAAAAUACGGAGUGUAGGGGGUUGGUAAUGUUGUCUAGUUGCGUCGUGAUUGGCUCAGUGUUCUGUCACUCAUGAGGACACUACGUCACCGCAAAAUCUACGGGGAGAGCUCGAAAAUUCAAGCCCCUUGCGUGCUGCCAUAGAUUUACAUUAGAAGUGCGCAUCCAAGAAGGAUCAAGGUCAUUGGCCACAGAUAAAAUGACGUCACAUCACGUUAUAUCUACCGUAGCUUUGAUUGGACUGAUCAUGUCAACAUCAUCCUUUCAAAAUCUUAGCUAGACAAGCAGUCAUCAUCAUGAAUCAAGUCGACAAUCUACUGGCAAAUCCUUUUCAAUCCUUGUCAUAUGAAGAUAAAUCAUAGAUAAAACGUAUCGGUGCUCAUCGGCCAUUGGACAUAAACAUGACACAACAAGUCGGAAAUCGCUAAUUGAACAAUGAGUGGUUUGGAAGGAAUUCUGUCGCUGUACAUUUCAAAAGUGAUGAAAAAAUAGUUAGUAACGAAUAGUUUCUGGAACUUUGUAGAAAGUACGGUCUGCGUGGUGCAGUGGUUUAGAAAGGCAUAAAGGCACCUGUUGUUGAAGCUACUUCAGAUCUGUCCCGUAUAUUGAAAUGUAAUGCCCAUUCUAGAAUGCCCUUUUAGCCAAUCAGAAACGAGUAUUCAACAACGCUGUGGUAUAAAUGAUUAUAAAUGUUUCGAAAUGGUUGAAAUUUAGAUGAUAUACGCAGUAGGGAUUUAAAAUACCAUAGUUUUAAAAAACAGACGUUUCAGUAUUUAAAGACUAUUCUAUCAGAAGUAAUCUCUUAUCUCUCCUCUCCAGGUGUCGUUCUACCGAGGUGAGGUUCCCAGUGACCUACCAAAGGAAGUGGCCAGGAAAAGGAAAGGACACGACAGCCAAUGGCUGGCCACCUUACCACUCAGACUUCCUGUAAGUGAGAACAACAGCCAGUGGCUUUUUAAACCUCAAAAGUACUCCUGCAACAGGGUGAUCAAAUUAAGAUCCUACAUCUGUAUAGCCAGCUUCUAUGUUUGGCCUGGUGUGACAGUGACCAAAGGAGUUGGGCUAUUCAGCACAAACAGAUCUGGGAAUCACACAAACUGCUUGUGAAGUCUUUAUUUUCCAAAGCGUCAGGAGAUGUCAGAUGUUUACCCAGUACCACUAUCCUUUGUAAACUUUAAUCCUUUCAUUUUCAUUUCUCUCCUUCCUUCCUCUUCUCUUGGCUGGGAUUCAAACCAACACAUCUGUGCUGAGCAAUAGACUUUUAAAGGUAAUUUCCCCUGAUUUCCCCAUGGGUUAUGGAGACCGCUGUUGACAUUUUGACUCUGCGGGUGUUGGCUCAAACAUAAAAUCACCUUCAUCAACAUAAAUCAUCAGAAGUCAAUCGCAGUACACAGGUUGUUUGUCUGCGUUCGUUUGAAUCCUAGCCUCUGUUUCUCUACUUUACUGUACUGUGUUAGGUUUAUUUUACAGGGACAAAAUAGAGUUUUACAAAGCAUAUGCCUCUUAUGUUGAGGAUGUUUAAACAUUCUAUUGAACCUCGCAGACUCCCGGAGUUUUUAUCUCCCUAAUAUUAAAGAAAGAUAAAGAAGUAAUCUUCAUAUCUUCCUUUUGCCCUCCUCGAAUGCGACCUUAAGAUGUUUACUAAAAUACUUGCAAACAGACUAAAUAAAUGCAUUUCGACUAUAAUUCAUCAUGACAAAACUGGUUUUAAUCCCAGGCAGAUUUUUCAUUUUCCAACGUUAGGCGACUGACGAAUAUCAUGUGUUCCAAACAUGACAAAGAUUCUAAAGUUGCCAUUCUUGACUCUCAAAAAGCUUUUUGACCAAGUAGAAUGGAACUACAUUCUGACCGUGAUAAAUAAGUUUGGUGUGUGCGAGAGUUUUGUCUCUUGGGUUGAUAUCCUAUACUGAACAACAUGCAACAAUUUCAACGAUUUUACUGAGUUAUAGUUCAUACAAGGAAAUGAAUCCAUUGAAAUAAAUAAAUUAGGCCCUAAUCUAUGGAUUUCGCAUGACUGGGCAGGGGCGGAGCCACGGGGGGUCCUGGGAGGGCAUAGGCCCACCGACUUGGGAGCCAGGCCCACCCACUGGAGAGCCAGGCCCAGCCAAUCAGAAUGAGAUUUUCCCCACAAAAGGGCUUUAUUCCAGACAGAAAUACUCCUCAGUUUCAUCAGCUGUCCGGGUGGCUGGUCUCAGAUGAUCCCGCAGGUGAAGAAGCUUGAUGUGGAUGUCCUGGGCUGGCGUGGAUACACGUGGUCUGUGGUUUUAAGGCUGGUUGACAUACUGCCAAAUUCUCUAAAACAACAUUGGAUGCAGUUUAUGGUAGAGAAAUGAACAUUCAAUUAUCUGGCAACAGCUCUGGUGGACAAUUCCUGCAGUCAGCAUGCAAAUUGCACGCUCCCUCAAAACUUGAGACAUCUGUGGCAUUGUGUGACAAAACUGCACAUUAAUCAGGUUCUUGAUAUGCCACAUCUGUCAGGUGGAUGGAUUAUCUUGACAAAGGAUAAAAUGCUCACUAACAGGGAAUUAAACAAAUUUGUAGCACAAAAUAUGAGAAAAAUAAGUGCAUAUGGAUCUUUUAUUUCAGCUCAUGAAACAUGGGACCAGCACUUUACAUGUUCCAUUUAUAUUUUUGUUCAGUGUAUAUGCGUUCCCCCACGGCUUCAGUUCUCAAUAAAUCACCCCCCGUUUUUUCACUUCCACGUUCCUGCCAACAGGGGUAGCCCUUGAGUCCGUUGCUAUGGAACCCCGAGCUCUUAGCAUCAGGAGCCAUCCUGCCAUUGCUCUGAUAAAACAUGGGCAAGGUGGAUCACCGCAUCUCGCUCUAUAUGCGGAUGACAUCAUCUUGUUCCUUUCACAUGCCGAAGAGUCACGUCCCACCGCUGCUGGAGCUCAUCGAAUCAUUUGGAGGACUCUCUGGGUCCACCAUAAACCGGGAUAAAAGUGAAUCAUUUGGAGAACUCUCUGGGUCCACCAUAAACCGGGAUAAAAGUGAAUCAUUUGGAGAACUCUCUGGGUCCACCAUAAACCGGGAUAAAAGUGAAUCAUUUGGAGAACUCUCUGGGUCCACCAUAAACCGGGAUAAAAGUGAAUCAUUUGGAGAACUCUCUGGGUCCACCAUAAACCGGGAUAAAAGUGAAUCAUUUGGAGAACUCUCUGGGUCCACCAUAAACCGGGAUAAAAGUGAAUCAUUUGGAGAACUCUCUGGGUCCACCAUAAACAGGGAUAAAAGUGAAUCAUUUGGAGGACUCUCUGGGUCCACCAUAAACCGGGAUAAAAGUGAAUCAUUUGGAGAACUCUCUGGGUCCACCAUAAACCGGGAUAAAAGUGAAUUCAUGCCUCUUAAAGGCGACUUAUAUUCCUUUUAAAACCACAAGAGACAAUACAUUUAUAAAUUGAACUACAGUAUCUCGACAUGAUAGAGAAGUGGAAGCGUACCACUGAGAUCUGGAGAGUGUUGCCUCUAUCUAAUGUUAAGCCGUGUUAUUUAAAUGGUCACACUCCCCAGAUCUCUUUCUCUCAUUCAGAAUCUGCAGAAUAUUUUUAAAUAAAGCUUUUUUCAAAUCUUUGGAUUCUAUCAUCUAUUAAAAAACACAUCAAGCCUGCCAAAUGUUCAGCCUUCUUAUUGGUCAGCUAGAUGCUAGAGCACUGGUUCAUUGGCAGGGUGAAUACCCUGGCGUGGUGGAUUCUUCCAUCCCUUCAUGGCUCGCUAUUGAACAAGAUAUACGCACAACACUUCUCUUCCAGCACUUCUCUUUUCAUCAAUAUAUAGUAUAAAAGAAGGAAAACGUUCGGUCUCCCGGAGACCUCGGCCUGUAGUCCUGUUUGCCAUAACCGUGCUUUCCCCCCCGUUACUAACUGACAAUACUUUUCUAUUCUGGAAGAGAAAGGGCGUUACUACUAUUGCAGACCUUUUACAUCAAUAAUACUUUUGCCACAUUCACACAGUUGAGGGAAGUGUACGAACUCGCCCGCAUCUAAUUUCUUCCGAUAUCUUCCGAUAAGAAAUUACGUUCGCUUAAAUAUACCUACAUUUUGAGGCAAUGGCACCUGCCCGCGACCUGUAUACUUCCAUGAACCUCGUCCCCUUGACUCCAAGAGUUUGACCUCCAGAUCUGUAGAUCACUGUACACCAGGGUUCUUCAAUUCCGGUCCUGGCGGGCCCGAAACACCUCUGUUUUUCAUCUCUCUCCUUCUAAUCAGGGGCUGAUUCAGACCUGGGACACCAGGUGAGUGCAAUUAACUACCGGGUAGAAAUAAAAAAACAGAAGUGUUUCGGCCCUCCAGGACCGGAAUUGAAGAACCCUGCUGUACAGCAUAUUACUCUGUAUCCACACAACAUUUGAAGGAGACCUGGGAGGAAGACCUUUGGUAUGGAGAUGACUGACGACAGUCGGAUUGAUUGCCCUCGAGAUAUUCACUUGUGCUCGAUAAACUUCCGACACCAACUUAUUCAACACUAAGUGAUUCACAGACUACACUAUUCCUGUGUACCAAAUUGCACUCGUUUUAAACCUCGGUCUCUCCGAUAUGCCCUAAGUGCAAGUCUGCCGAGGGUACCCUGGGGUCACCUCUUUUCUGGUCAUGCCCCAAACUGCACACAUUCUGGCGGGAUAUUUUUAAGUGUUACUCAGAAGUAUACAGCUGUGAUCUCAUACCAGCCCCGGACUCUGCUGUUUUAGGCGGGUCACAGCACCUUUAACCCACUGGGAACAGAAGACUGUACAAUAUGUCAUGGUUAUUGCAAAAAUACAUAUUUUAAGCCUUUGGAAUAAGGAGACUGUACCUGUUUUUUAAAACCUGGUUAGCUGAAGUCAGCAGUUUGCUACAUAUAGAGGGGAUUCGACAUGAGAUCUCUGGCAGAUCUAAUACAUUGGUUAAGAUACGGCAGCUCUUUUUAUAGAGUAUCUUUCACGUGAUGAUGGGUAACACAACAUACAGCCUGCUGACCACCCUGAUCCACAGUCAUUCUUUUUAAUGGAGCAUAAUCCUUAUACUACAGUAUGUCAAAUAUCAAUGAAGCAUGGUGCCGAUUCCUUGAGAGCAAUGUUGUGGUCCUCUGUAACUCCUCUGUAGCUCAAUUGAUAGAGCAUGGCGCUUGUAACGCCAAGGUAGUGGGUUCGAUCCCCGGGACCACCCAUACGUAAAAAUGUAUGGACACAUGACUGUAAGUCGCUUUGGAUAAAAGCGUCUGCUAAAUGGCAUAUUAUUAUAAUUAUAUUAUUAUUAUUAUUAUUAUUAUUAUUAUUAUUAUUAUAUUAUUAUUAUAUUAUUAUUAUAAUAUUGUUUUUUCUUUCUGGUUUUUUCUCUCUCCUGUUGGGGGGUAUUCUCCAUGUAUUGUUUGCUGUCAUCUGUCUGUUUGUAAAACUGAAAAUUCAUAAAUAAAAUAUAGGGGAGAAAAGGAAACAUAUUUAUGUAAAUGAUUUGGCCAGCCGGUUAAUAUUCCACAUUCCCACUCAGGCUAUGAACUCGGAUGGGGGUAGUAAUGGCAUGAGGCUGCUCCUCUCCUUCCUCACAUCUCUCUCUCUCCCUUCCCCUCAGGGCCUAAACUCAGAGGGUGGCAGUAAUGGCAUGGACUGGGAGAAGCCCCAGUACCCUCCGCUGAACCUGGGAGACCCAGAGAGCGGGUACCUGACGGAGGCUAACCUGCUGGCCAUCUCCCUGCAGAUCGGACAGGACUGGAGGUCCAUCGGCAUCAACCUGGGAAUCAGCUACCAGGAGCUGGACCGCAUACAGUUCAAAUACAGGUGGGCAUGUUCAUUAGGCACCAAACGUAAGAAAACUGACUGAAACAGGGAGGGAUUACCUGUAUUUAUCCAAUAAGAAACACUACAUUUCGCAUUCAUACAAAUACAGGUGGGCAUGUUCAUUAGGCACCAAACGUAAGAAAACUGACUGAAACAGGGAGGGAUUACCUGUACUUAUCCAAUAAGAAACACUACAUUUCGCAUUCAUACAAAUACAGGUGGGCAUGUUCAUUAGGCACCAAACGUAAGAAAACUGACUGAAACAGGGAGGGAUUACCUGUACUUAUCCAAUAAGAAACACUACAUUUUCGCAUUCGGUAGAAAUACAGGUGGGCAUGAUGGGCACUGUGUGAUGGAGAACCAGGGUCGCGUUCAUUAGGCACCAAACGCAAGAAAGGGGAUUGAAACUGGGAGGGACUUCCUGGACUGUUGCAGAUUGCUUUUGAAACGUUUUCCGUUACGUACCCUAAUGUACAAGAGCAAGGUCAUGUUCCCUUUAGAAUGAUUAACCAACCGUAUGUGAUGGCCACAUGUCAUAUUAUAUGUGUCAGUAUUUCCAGUUAGGUCGCAACAACGUGUGCAUGACAUUUGCAUGAAAAUAGCUUUGCGUGUAAAAAAAAUUCUGUCCAUCAUAAACUAACACUCUGUUUUACCAGGGUACAGUAG